CUCCACACAACUCACAGCUUUUUCAGUGUGGGCUAGUAGUAGGUAGCUGUAUUAGAAGUUUAGAACCAGUGACCCACCGUGGUGGUGGUGGUGGGCUACAGCCACUCAGCCAUGUCGUUGCUGCCGUGCCUGCUCGUGCUAUCGUCCCUGCAAGCGCCGGCCAUCGUCGCUGCUUCUGCAGCUGCAGGUGGCCGACCGCCGGCGAUGUUUGUGUUCGGGGACUCCACGCUGGAUGUGGGCAACAACAACUACUUGGCGGGGCCGGGCGUGCCCCAGGCCAACAAGCCCUACUACGGUAUCGACUUCCCGGGCUCCGUUCCCACUGGACGAUUCAGCAAUGGCUACAACAUCGCUGACUACCUCGCAAAGAGCAUGGGGUUCGCGUCUAGUCCUCCGCCAUACCUGUCGUUGGCACCUAGCACCGGCCGUCUGGUCCUCACAGCUCGUGGCAGCGGUGUCAGCUAUGCUUCCGGAGGAGCUGGGAUCCUCGACUCCACUAACGCGGGCAACAACAUCCCAUUGUCGAAGCAGGUGCAGUACUUCAAGUCCACCAAGGCACAGUUGGUCACGAAGCUGGGCUCCCGUGCGACCCACCUCCUGCUCUCCAGGUCCGUCUUCCUCUUCAGCGUCGGCAGCAACGACCUAUUCGUCUUCGCCACCGCGCAGGCGUCUGCGCACAACAACAAGUCAGCUGCCGACCAGCAGCGUGACGUCGCCACGCUCUACGCAAGCCUCAUCUCCAACUACUCAGCAACCAUCACUGAGCUGCACACCAUGGGCGCGAGGAAGUUCGCCAUCAUCAACGUGGGGCUGCUCGGCUGCGUCCCCGUGGCGCGGCUGUCCGGCGGGACGAAGACGGGCGCGUGCUUGGACGGCCUGAACGAGCUCGCGUCGGGCCUGGACGACGCCCUCGCGGUCCUGCUCGCCAGCCUCGCCUCCCGCCUGCCGGGCUUCACCUACUCGCUCGCCGACUACUACGGCCUGUCGAUGGCCACCUUCGACGACCCGGGGGCGUCGGGGUACACGGACGUCGCCGACGCGUGCUGCGGGGGCGGGAGGUUCGGCGCCGAGGCGGACUGCCUGCCCAACGCCACGGUGUGCAGCAACCGCGACCAGCACGCGUUCUGGGACAGGGUGCACCCUUGCCAGCGCGGGGCGAUGCUCACCGCGCAAAACUUCUACGACAGCCGCCCGGGCCGAUACACAGCGCCCAUCAACUUCAAGCAGCUGGCUUCCACCAGUUUAUGAAUUAUGAUGAUCUUCAUAUGGAUAGAACAAAGGAAAACCACCGUACGUCGAGUAUAUACACAGGGCCUAUCCUUAAUUAUUAUCCCUUAAUUAAUUUAUUUUCCAACCUUCAAGUUUAUACGUAUAGUAUAUUUAAUGUCUAUGGAACACUAUGUAACAAUAAUAUGAAAGUUUUUUUGACCUGAAAUUGUAAGAGAAACCCUCAAGCUCAAAGCAUGCGGUGGAUUUAAUUUUCACAGACGGAUUCAGUCGCC